UUCGAGAAACUGCAAUACCACAACUUGACGUGAGCUCGACCGAAAUGAACGACGCAAGUUAUUAUCCGCGAGCGAACUUGGAUCAUCUUAGAAAAGUGCGCUAAUGUUCACGAGAUCUCUAAGCAGAGAUAGCAUGUCAUCGUCAAGACUUUAGAACAGUUGAAAAGUGGUGUGGAGUGUUGUUUGUUUAAGUUGAAGUUUGUUAUCAAUAUCAAGCAAUGAAGAUGAGCGCUCCUAUAAUCAUCACGGUGCCUAACAACUACCUGGCGAUGGACGAUGUAGAAUCUAAAGGGGUGGUGGACGUGGCGCCGCAUCCCUCGAGGAAGCGGCGCCUCGACCACCUCUCUUGGGAAGAGAAGAUGCAAAGAAAGAAAUUGAAGAACCGUGUGGCGGCACAGACAUCUCGAGACCGGAAGAAGGCGAGAAUGGACGAGAUGGAGGGCAACAUCAAGCAGUUGAUGGACAGGAACGACAAGUUGAUGAGCGAGGUGGCCAGCCUGAAGGCGUUGAACGAGAGGCUGGUGAGCGAGAACGCGGCGCUACGCAGCGCGGCGGCGGCGCGGGACGUCGCGGGGGCCCCCGGACCGGCAGAGUCCACUCCUCAGCAGAAGGAAGGGCCCCCGGCGGCGCUCCGCGCGGCGCGCCUGCUGCUGGCGAUGUGUCUCCUAUCGCAGACCUCCUCGCACAUCUCGAUUCUGAAGAGUACCUCGAUACCCUCCAUCAACUUGCAGACUCCCUCCUCCAAGAAAUUGAUGCAAGUUCUACAGGAGAGGCUCAAGAUGUCUCAGUCGGGAAGACUGGAGAGUGCCCUCAAGGAGCUCAAGUGGUGGGGCCCGCAACAGAGCACCUGGAAUCCAGUGAAGGUGCAGUCGUAGACCUAAAGCACGACGUGCACAGGAUACUGUCACAGCACUCGUAUGCGCAUCCCUACACGCCCGACAUACUCGUCACACAAGACACAGUACAAAUUAAAGAAGAAAAUGGAAAUGACAAAGGCGAUAUGUUCUUCGCG